AUGACUGUUGUUCCACAUUUCAAUGAUUGUAUUCCAACACCUAAAAUGCUGAACUUAACUGGCAAACUGUUUGAGCAAUGGAAUUGGAAUUGGCCGACAGAAAAAUUUCCUCAUCAUCGAAUUGUAUCAAUCAAUAUGUAUUUGAAUUCAGUACAAACUCGAAAGAUUGAACAAGUUAUUCCGUUCGAUGGUCUUAUUGUGUAUAAAGAUAUUGAAGUGAAAGAUCGACCAAUGAUUGAAAAUUGGCUCUCAUACUAUGACGACAAUGACAAUGAAUGUCAUUGUCAAUUUGCUUUACUUGCUGUUGGUUUACUUUUGAGAAAUGUUCAGGAAAAUUUGUCUUUGUCUGUGAUGGAGAAAAUAUUUAAAAUAUUGGAAAAAGCAUUUUUUCAUCCUGUUGAUGAUAUUCGUUAUCAAGCACGAACAGCUUUUCAAAGUUGGUAUGACAAUAAUGCCUAUGUCACGUGCGAAAAAUGGAGUUCAUGGAUGUGGCGGGUACUACGGAAUGUUUGGCUACAUUCUCUAUCAUUUCCAAAAAUACAUAUAAAAUUCAUAGAUGAUAUCAAUCUGUUGCUUGAAUUAGAAGCUAAUAGAUUAAGACUACUCGCAGAUGAUGAUGAGCAAUUUUCUUUCUUUUGUUUAAUAGGUAGUUAUACACAAGAGGUACACAAUCAUAUGGUGACACAUAUUCAAACACAAUUGAAGAGUGAUUCUAUAGUGAAUGAUGAGUAUCUUGCAACUAUAAUAGUUCAUUUAGCUGAAGUUGAAACAGAAAUCGAUUCUGAACUUCAAAAUGAGCAUUUUGUUGAAGUAUUAAAAAAAAUUGUGUACGAGCAACGUUUGUUACCGUUUACUCAGCGAGCAGCAUGUUUUGCAUUAACAUUUCAAGAGCAAGGUCGGAUAUUUUUAGAAGAUACAAUACGUUUUUCUCAGCAGAACGUCAGACUUGACAGUGAUUCGACCAGGAAACCAGAAGAAAUACAGCUUUCAGAUAAUGUUCUUAGUCUAUGUCUAUGGGCUUUGGUCGAUAUUCCCGUGGAAUAUCGUUCUGUAGAUGAAUCAUUUUUUAAGUCUAUAGAAAAAUUAUCGAGUUCUUUAACAGUAUCCCAACAUGCACGUGCCUGUUAUAUUUGGAUGCUAUGGCAAGAUAAAAAACCUCAUGAAAGUAUCACUGAUAUGGAACAUCGAUUAAGUAUCAAUGCAGAUUUUCUCUAUACUGUAAUAAAAACAAAAAGAAAAUGUACGAUCGAAAGAGAAGAUCAUAGGGACAGGUGUAUUCAGACUAUUGACUUGCUCAGAAAUCACUGGAAUGAUCUUGUUGAUCGUUUUAUAGAUGAUUGUUAUAAUUCUUUAUUGAGUUUCUCAAAAACAAUGAAUCGUAUAAAUCGUGAUGCUGACUUUUUAUAUGUUGCUUGCGAACUAAUUGAAAUAGGAGCCGAAUCAUUUUGUGAAGCAGUACGAACAAGUGUUUACGGUGAGGAAGCAUUCAAAGCGUCACUUUCUCGUGCAUGGAAAAAAGGAACUCAACAACAGAGACAUCGGUGUAUUGAACUGUAUUCGGCAUUUGAAGUUGCCACAGUAGAUUGGAUUCAUAUGAUCUUUACAGAAUUUUUUGAUCUCUAUCAAAACUAUGACGAAAUUUUUACACCAUUAGAAAAAAUUGAAAAUAGAAAUGCCAUAGAAAGUAUUUUUCCUUAUUUGAAAUCUGUCUCGAUGGGAAAACGAAAUACCGCUGCCACAUUCUUGAUUCAUUAUGCUAUUAUCAAUAGUAUUUCCUGUUUGGAAGUCUAUUCACUAUUAGAAGAUGUUCUCCAAGAUCCUAUAUCGAAUAAAUUAUUUUAUGAUCAAAAAGAAGAACGAAGCAAACCACUGAUUGGACAAAUUCAACGUCUCCUUCUGAUGAUCACUUGUUUGAGACAAAUUUUCAACAGAGAAACGUUAGCUGUGCUUGUACCUGAAAAAAUCAUCACUGAUUUUUGCGAAUGUCUCGAGGCAUCUCAUUAUCCGUUUUAA